AAGGAAUAAAAAAAUGGUUUAAAUCAACAAAAGAAGAAACACAGAUAAAGUCUAAUGGUGAUGAUAGUGAAAAUAAUAAAGAGUCAACAAUAGUAGACGUUUGUCCUGAUUUUAGUGGUAUAUAUUUUAAAGCGCUGACCUGGUACAAUUUAGUUACAACAUAACUGAACUUACUCUUUUAGAAGCACCGCCGUCACUACCAGAGAUACACCAGAUUACCCAAACUCUUGAAUCUAUUGAAGAGCAGCCGGCUUUUCAUGAGGACCAGAAUGUGAUAACAAAAGUUGCAGUUGAAUUGAAAGAACUUUAUUCGUUACUCUCAGAGUGUGAACGAAAAAUUAAACAGUCAAUAUCUCCAGAAUUAUGCCAGGAGACUUUUGUGGUAGAAAGUUUAACAUUAUCAAAUGAAAUAAAGCGAAUAUCAACUAAUCUUGCUGAAUUAUGUUCAAAUCAACUUGCCUCGGUAACUGACACUAGUGGAAAUAUUGUUGAUAAACGCAAUAAAAAUGAAACAAUUAGUAGAGAUCCAGCUGAUAAUAAAAAAUAUGAUGAUGAUGAAUUGCGUUAUUUAGUAUUUAAAGGACCUGCACAACCAAAAUUAGCUUCUUUUCCACAAAAUCUUGUGUUGAAAGCUAAGCAUUAUCAAUGUUCAUUUACUAGAGCGUUAGAAGAGUUUAAAUUUGGCAAAUUUUCAAGAUGGCGGAAUCUACGUUUUUCAGGGCUUUUCGUAAAAUAUCAAUAUCUCAGCAACGAUACAACUUUUUGA